GCCGGGGUCUGGGGCUCAGAAGGUGUGGUCUGCCUGGCGAGGAAGGACACGAUCAAUAACCCUCAGCGCCUUUGUCACCUUCUACCUCUCCGCUUCCUAACACCUCACCGAAGAAGGAGGAAGGAAGGCCAAGAGGAGGGAGGAAAGCAAGCCAGAAGGGGAGAUGGUUUUAGUGCGCGGAGGAAGAAACACACAGGUGUUGCCUGUGGUUGCCCGCUACCUGAGGCAGACCCCUGCAGCCCCCCCACCCUGCAGGGCCCUCUCCUCCAUGCCACCCCAGAGUGUGGCCCCCCCCUGCAUGCCUCCCCAGGCCAGGGGCAGGGAGCACCGGGCCAGCAGGCAGGCACCUCAUAGGCCCAGGUGGAGCCUGUUGGGUCAUGGGCUGCACACCAGCCCUGCCCUUCAGUGCACCAAGGCCCCCGCCACCCCCAGGACCAUCUUCUCCGGCAUCCAGCCCACAGGGGAGCUGCACCUGGGAAACUACCUGGGUGCCGUGCGGCGGUGGGUGGAGCUGCAGGAGGGCGGGGACGACGUGCUGUUCUGUGUGGUGGACCUGCACUCCAUCACACUGCCCCAGGACCCUGCCACCCUGCACGCCCAAACCCUGGCCAUGACCGCCUCCCUGCUGGCCUGCGGCAUUGACCCCGGCCAGGCCAUAGUGUUCCAGCAGUCCAGGGUGCCAGAGCACACCCAGCUGGCCUGGGUGCUGGGCUGCCUCACCACCAUGGCCAGGCUGGGCCACCUACCCCAGUACAAGGAGAAGUCUGCCAAGCAAAAGGAGAUCCCCCUGGGGCUGUACGUGUACCCCGUGCUGCAGGCGGCGGACAUCCUGCUGUACCACGCCACACACGUGCCCGUGGGGGAGGACCAGCUGCAGCACAUCCAGCUGGCGGCGGACCUGGCCCGGAUCUUCAACACACGGUUCGGCCAGACCUUUGUCCCGCCACGCUCGCUGGUGCUGGGCCAGGACGCUGCACGCCUUCGCAGCCUGCGCCAGCCCACCAAGAAGAUGUCCAAGUCCGAGCCGGACCCUCGGGGGCGUGUGGCGCUGAGCGACGCGCCUGAUGUGGUGCGGGAAAAGUUCAAGAAGGCCGUGACAGACUUCACCUCUGAGGUUUUCUACGAGCCCGAGGCCCGGCCCGGCGUGUCCAACCUGAUGGUAAUUGACAGUGCUGUGACGGGCCGCACCCUGGAGGAGAUAACCAAGGCCAGCGAGGGGCUCACCACCGCCCAGUACAAGCUGGUGGUGGCCGACGCCGUGGUGGAGCACCUCGCCCCCAUCAGGCAGCAUAUGAACCACCUGCUGCAGGAGCCCGGCCACCUGGACCAACUAUUGGAGCAGGGUGCCAAGCAGGCCAGGGAGCGUGCUGCCAAGACCUGGGACGACGUGAGGCGGAAAGUGGGGCUGCUGGGGAGGCUGUAGGCCGAGGGGGUGACGGUGCCAACAGACGACAGCAAAGGAGGACACUGGCAGGAAGGGGGAGAGGAAAGGACGCCCCAACCAUCACUCCUCUCAAUGAAACAAAGAAGCUCUUACUGCCCCCAAGCCAUUCAAGGAUUAAAAAUGAAUGAAUGGUGUACAGGGAAGGAAAAGACUGAGGGUGUUAGCAAAGAAUCCCUGUCAAAUAAACCCCUCCAGCCUUCCCAAGAACCUCUCCUCUUGUCAGAUAAAAUGGAGGGAUGAAAGAUGAAUGAAUGGUGUACAGGAAAAGGAAAAAACUGAGGGUGUUAAGCAAAGAAUAGGUACCUCUUAAACAAACCCCCUCCAGCUUUCCUUAGAACUUCUCUUGUCGGAUAAAAUGGGAGUUUUUAACACACGACUGACUGCUCUUUGUAACACCACAUUACCGAUAGAAAACUGCACUCCAAACACAGUAAGCAACACUGCUCUUAAGUAUACUGCCAGGAGUGUUUCUAAAGGGUCAUUAGUCUCACGUAACACAAAAACUCGGCCACAAGAAAAAGAGUAAGAAAAAACACAGAUAUAGGAGAAAGAGAAGAGAGGAAGGAAGGAAAGACCCCAGCUACUAACUCACGCCUCCUCUCUCCUCCUCCUCCUCCUCCUCCCCUCACCCCAAAACCAUGAAGGGGGCAUAGGAGCAGCACAUAAAUCCUCUCCUAAAAAAAAAUACUUCCCCCAAAAAAAGAGGAAAAAGAAGACCAUUGGUGCCAUCCAGGAAGACAGACACGAACCCUUACCUACCUCAAGGGACCCCCAAGACCAGGUGUGUGUGUGUGUGUGUGUUACCUGUUGGGGGGAGGGGGGGAAAGAGCAGGUGGAAGAGGGUGGAUGGGGGAAGGGUGGAGAUGUAUAAGUGUGGAAGAAGUUAGGAAAGGGAAGUGAGGGAGAGGGAAAACUGCAAAAAAUAUAACAUAACUGAGGAAGAGGAGGAGGAGGAGGAGGAGGAGGAAGAGAUGGAGGAAAUAGGAAGAGCAGAGAAUUAAGUGUUAUUGGUAAAGAAUGAUUGAGAAAUUAAAGGGAGGUAGAAAGAUAUAGAAGGAGGAGAAUAGAGAUAGUGUAAAUAUUGAAGAAGGGUGGGAGAGAAGAUAGAGGAAGGGUUAAGAAAGGGAACAAAGGGAAAGGGGGUAAUAGAGGGUGGACUAUAGAGUGUAGAUAGUGAAGAAGACUUAGAAAAGAGGAGAGAAAAAAGAUGCCAAGAGAGAUCAGAAGAGGGUGAAACAAAAGCAAACUGUAGAUAAAGAAGGAGAGAAGGGAAGGUUAAGGGAGGUGAAGGAAGAGAGGGAAAGUGUAGAAGGUAAGGAAGGGUUAGGAACUGGGGAUAAAAGGGAUAGGGAGGUGGUGGAAGAUGUGUAGACGGUGGAAGCUGUAAAAUGAAUAGUUCAAAGGUGGAUGGAAAUGUUAGGAAGGGUUGUGGAGAGAGGAUGGAAGUGAGAGGAGUAGAUUUUUAUUUAUUUAUUUUUUUUUUUUAUACAACAAAGACAGCUUAAGGGCACACAAGAAAGGACGCAAUAUGGAUGGAGGAAGAUAGGAAAAAUAAUGAUGGUGUAAGGGGAGAAGGGGGGGAUGAGAACCGUGUUUAUUUUCCUCGCCCUCUGAAGUGGCCACUCGUUCACACACACACACACACACACACACACACACACACACACACACACACACACACGAACACGCAGUCAUUGGCACGUUUCACUUUUUUAUACAAACGAAAUGAGAAAUAAUGGAAAAAAAAAGAUAAAUAAGAUGAAAAAAAAUGUUAAUGUAAAUAAUUCUAAAUGAUGAUUUUUGACACGCAAUGUUUUUAUAUACUGUUGAGACUCGGAAGGUUAUGAUUAUGAAGUUUAUAUAGAAAGAAAAAAACAAAUAUAUUAAUAAUUCUGAUAAUAUAGUUUUCCGUCUGUAGAAAGGUCUGUACAUAAGCGGGGUUUUUUUUAUCUGUGAAGUUUGAAUAUUAAAAAGAAACUAAAUUGAAG